AUGUCUUUGUUAACACUCGGAGAAGAACAUCGAGGCACACCGAACAACAUUAUGGCAUAUGAUAUAAACAAAUUUCGUCCUCGGUCACAUAGUUUUGUUGAAGUCGACGAUAUGAUACGCCCGUAUUUGCAACAAGCGAGAUUUGGCCAUGUCAUAAACAUUACCUCUUAUGGCGUAGAUAGAAAAUUCCUCCUAGCCUUAUGCGAAAGAUGGCUGCCAGAAACCCACACUUUCCAUCUACCAACCGGUGAAUGCACCAUUACGCUUGAAGAUGUUCAUAUGUUGAUGGGUUUACGUAUCAAUGGUUUCGCAGUAGCUGGAUCUACAUCCGUGUCUUAUUCUAUCGCUGAAGAACUACUGGGUGAACCAUUAACAAACACAAGUAGAAAGGGCCAAUUUAUUAAAAUGACUUGGCUCAAAGAAAAAUAUGAAAACCAAAUGACAUUAACCGAUGCUUCCACCAUCGAAGAAAUUUUACAAAAAGCUAGAGUUUAUAUUUUGUUGCUUUUUGGUGGUCUAUUAUUUCCUGAUACUAAUGGUAACACUAUACAUCUGCAGUAUUUACCAUUAUUAUCUGAUUUUAAUAAAACAGGUCAGUAUAGCUGGGGAUCUGCAACUCUAGCACAUCUGUGGUCUGCACAUGGGAUGAAUUAUGAAAAAACACCCCAUCAUUGUGCUCCUGGAUAUCGAACGUUCAUCGAUCAUUUCGAGCCGAUUGAUUUUACAUGGAGGCCCUAUCUUGAACUCGAAGAUCUGGAACCAACUGAUAGUGGCGUGUGGAGUUCAAAAACUUUUAUCAUAAGCUUCACUUAUGUUGAAAUGCAUCAUUCAGAUAGGGUUAAGCUCCAAUUUGGCAUUAAACAGGGCAUUCCGGAUCCUCCAACUUGCAUGGAAGAGUAUCAUAAAAGUCAAUUAUCCGAUCAAUGGCCAUACGAUGAUUGGAAAGACCAUUACAAGAAUGAGCGUCGUCAAUGGCAUAAUCGCCAUAAAACUGUCUUGCAGGGGGAAAUCAUGCCUCAAGAAUGUAAACCGAGCCCAGACUACAUGUCAUGGUAUGCCACUGUGUCAAAUUUGUAUUUAUCGCCAAAUAGAUAUUUGUUUGACCCUCGUAGCCAACCCUCCACCUCAAACUUCCAACAAUCCAGACCACCUAUCCCUAACAUGCAACAACAUUUUCAAAACACCCAACAAAAUUUCAAUCCAACACAACCACCUUUUACCCCAAGCCAACAAUAUCAUCACCAAAACCCAUAUACUUCAUACACCUAA